AUGCCUCUUCAGCCCUACAAAUACACCGGUCCCAUUGACCACACCGUGGUCCCGGACCGCAGCAAGGUGAUCGGCAAGUCCGUCAUCGUUACGGGCGGUGCAAAUGGCAUGGGAGAAGAAUGCGUACGCCAGUUCGUCGCCGCCGGUGCUUUCGUCACAAUCGGCGACGUCAAUGAUCGUGGAACAGAGCUCGAGAAGGAGCUCAAUGCCAAUGGCGAAUGCUGCGUCUUCGUCAAGUGCGACAUUCGAGACUGGGAGCAGCAGAAGGCCAUGUUCCAGACGGCCAAGGACCGCAGUCCCUCAAAGAGCGUCGAUAUUGUCAUUGCGAAUGCGGGCAUCAGCAGGAGUUCCGGCGACAGUCUGUGGAACCUCGACGAUCCGAAUUCGGAGCCUACCAAGCCAGAUCUGAACAUUGUCGACGUAAAUCUUCGUGGCAGCUUGUAUACGUGGAAGCUGGCCGUGCACUACUUCCGACAGCAGCCUGACAGCGAGGAGCGGGAUCGAUGCUUUAUCAUUACCGGAAGCAUGGUGGGCUGGAUUGACUCACCGGGCAACUGGGAGUACACGUCGACAAAGUAUGGCUUGCACGGCUUCAUGCGCACCGCGAGACGAAACAGUUGGGAGCAGGGUAUUCGCAUCGUUUAUGUGGCUCCUUGCUGGAUCAAGAGCGCUAUCAGAACGGCAGAAUAUGAGAAGUGGCUCAUGGACAGGGGCGUUGAGUUUGGCGAACAAGAAGACGUUGGAGGCUGCAUGAUGCGUGUUGCUUGUGACAAGUCAAUCAACGGGCGCUCGUUGAUGAUCACACCUCGGUCAAUGGCCAAGGAGGGCUUCAUGGACAUCAACCGAGACGACUAUCUGGACACACCAGAAGAUGCGUAUCUGAAGAAGGUGCAGGAGAACCAGCUGGUGAUCAUUGAAGACAAGUGGAGAGACGAUUUCAAAGUGCGAAUCUACAAGGAGUGA